UUCUUGCAGUUCAUCGUCUUCGCCGCCUUCGUGGCCGCCGCUAACGCUGGAAUCCUGCGAGAGGCAGCACCUCUGACCUACGCGCCAGCUGCGCCUCUGGCAUACUCCGCACCUCUGGCUUAUGCGGCUGCGCCUGUAGCCAAGGCGGUGGUAGCCGCCCCCGUGGCUAAGGCCGUGGUAGCCAAGACCGUCGACGCCGACUUCGACCCCCACCCUCAAUACAGCUACGCCUACGACGUGCACGAUAGCCUGACCGGUGACGCCAAGAGCCAACAGGAAACCCGCGACGGAGACGUUGUCCAGGGUAGCUACUCCCUGAUCGAAGCUGACGGAACCAAACGCACCGUCGACUACACCGCCGAUCCAGUCAACGGAUUCAACGCUGUAGUCCGCAAAGAAGCCGCUGCAGUCGCCGUCAAAGCCGUCGCCGCAGCUCCAGUAGCUCAUGCUGCUCCAGUGGCCGUCGCACCCGCUGCUCCAGUAGCAGUCGCACACGCUGCUCCAGUAGCAGUCGCACACGCUGCUCCCUUGACCUACGCUGCAUCUGCUCCAGUCGCUCAUGCUCCUCUCGCCUACGCCGCCCCAGUUGCCAAAGUCGCCGCUCCAGUGGCCGUUGCUCAUGCCGCUCCAGUCGCCGUCGCACACGCCGCCCCCAUCGCAUACUCCGCUCAACCAGCACACAUCGCGUACUCUGCGCACCCAGCACCCAUCGCAUACGCCGCGCACCCAGCACCCUUCGCCAAGAUCGCAGCCGCACCCGCCCUCACCUACGCAUCCCACUACCUCUAAGCGUCAUGUCGCGUCUUGCCCACGAUAACUCGUCGACUCAGGCUGAACCUUUUUUAUUUAUUUUUUUAGCAGAUUUGUUUGUGACCGAUUAAACUCGUUACAAGUGUA